AUGAUUCCUCGAGUUCAUCAGAAGCCGGCCAAGUACAACAUCCGAGGUCAGACCCAGGACAAGGAGGGUGUGAUCUGCGCGGACAACCAUCUGAUUGGCCUUACGGAGAAGGUCUCGUUCACUUCGUAGGUUUAUUUUUGAUUAGUUUUGAAGGAUUUUUCGAAAAGAAAAUCCGAUUUUUGGGUUUUAGGUAAUAUUGAUAAUUUUUGUGCGAAUUGUUUGUCCAGAGGAGGUAGAUUCUAUUCCAGUCAUUUCAAGUCUAACCUCAUCAAUUUGCAGUUAUUCUGAAUUACUAAAAUGGAUGAUUCACUACGAGUUCAACGCCAACGUCCGCUUGGUGAAGAUGAGCUCGAACCUGCUGGACGGCUCGCUCCCCGAAGAGGUGAAGAGGCGGUUCAUCUUCGACCGGAUGGUAUUCGCUUGUCACAACCAUGACUCCUCGGAUCGUUACGUGAAGGGCGAGUUGGUGACCUCGAAGAGGCAGGGCAAGGGAUGCGUCUUCACCUUCACCGUGCUCUACAUCCGCGCCAUCAACCGCCUGCAAAUGAUGUCCGGAUGCUUCUACCAUACCGAUGGAUGUGUUCCAAGUGCCGAGUCCGCGGCCGAAUUCAAUCCCAGAGAUCCGCAGAGCAAGAAGAAGGUGGCGAUUUGUAAGUUUCUGUUUUUUCGGAUUUUUGAGUUGAAUUUUAGGUCUAAAAUAAGUUGAAAGUUAUCUUACAAGGAAACCACUUAUAUGGGGUAUGGAGUUACAGGUCUAACAUCAAAAAAAUUGCAAAACUUUUCUGAUUCAGAAUAUGUAAAAAUUAGCUGCCCAAUUUUGGUUUGUAAGGGCCGAAAAAUCCUCGGAACUUUUCUCGCAACACCACGCAAAUGCCCUGUAUUAAUGAAAUUUGAUAUUUUGAGGCGUGUCAAGAUGCCAGGGUCUACUUUAGAAUUGGUUAAAAAGGCAUUUGCAUGGUGUUGCGAGAAAAGUUUAGAGGGUUUUUUCGCCGUUAUAAACCAAAAUUAGGCAGCUAAUUUUUACAGAUUCUGAAUCAGAAAAAAAUUUGCGAUUUUUUAUAUAUAUGUUUCGACUUGUAACUCCAUACCCGAUAGAAGUACUUUUUCCUGAAAAAAUAGUUAAAAGUCCUGAAAAAAUAGUUAAAUUUAAUUUUAAAAUCCAUUUUUUCCUCCGUUUACCAAAAUAUAUUUCAGUGAACGAGCUUGCGACCCAUUAUAUCCCCGGCGAUUUCACCUACGUCGCCACGAACUCGAUCCAACGAUUCAAGGGAGCGAACCGCGACAAGAACGCGCCAAUCAUCGAGGAUGCCGAGAAUGACGUCCCCGCUCUCGACUACCCUCCCGAGAUGUUGCAGGCCAUGGAUGAGUAUGUGGAGGCGACGAUGAGAACCGCCUUGGCCAGCAAGGCCAAGAAGAGAAGAGCCAGCGGCGAAGCCGCCGCCUCCGCCGCCAAAAGAUCGCGCAGCGCCCCCCUGGAUCCACGCGAAAUCUCAUUGGGCGGCGAGGAGGCGAGCCGGCCAUUGAGCGUGCCGCUGCAGCCGGUUUUGAACGUCCCGGCCCCUGUUAACCCCAUUAAACCCCCGCAAAAGCCUCUGGGUGGGGUUCGGCUUCGUGAUAUGGACUUCUGCAAGGCUGGAUUGCAAUAUUUCUUCCCGAAAUUUCCCGCUCAGCCUCUCAGACAACCAUUCGCUCAGAUCCAGCCGUUCCAACCACCAAUCCAGAACACCUUCCAUCAUCAAUUUUAUUGGGAACACACCUCUCAAGUGCAAUAUGAACAAGUCCCGCAAACCCCGCAAUUUGCCCAUGAAGUCAGAGUUCAGGAGGUUCAACAGCACCCACAACCUUUGAUCGUUGAGAAUGAGCCAGCUGGAUUUGAUAAUCGCGACUUGUUCCGCCCAUUUGACGAGAACAUUCAAGAGGUCCCAGGUGCUGAAGUGGAAGAUCAAAAUUUGGUCGAUGACUUUGGCGCACCGCUUUUAAAGCUGAACGAUGAGGACUGGGAUGGACUGGGCGAGUUUUUCGUCCCACCAAUGAGCAGACAGGAGCUGAAUGAAGUCGAGGAAUACCUGAAUUGCUUCGAGAAUGGCGAGAAUUUGGAAAUGGGACUCUUCGAUUUGGACGUCCCGGUAGCUGAGCCAGAAUACUUUAAUCUUUAA